CCUCUGCCUGUCCACCACCUCGCCUGUCCACUUUGCUGCCUUAUGCCUUAUCCCCAUCUUCCCAUUUGCAUCUGUGCGCCCGCGUUUGUGUGUGUGCCUGCGUCUUUGUGCCUGCGUUUUUUAUCUACUCUCUCCCACUCAGUUGUAGACUGUGUCGGUUGUAGACUGUUGACCGGAAUUGGACAAUAUACAGAGACACUGUUUUUCCCGAGCCUCUCAAUCCACUCCACUCCACGUCACUGCACAGCGCUGUACCCGGCACGGCAGACUCAGACUCGACUCAGACCCUCCAUCGCCAAACCGAGCCCACCCACGGCCCCCGUUUGUCCUCGACCGGAGGAGAGACUGACGCGAAAUCCGCCAUACACCUACACCCUCUCCCUCGAACCAACUCCAUCUCCAGCCGUGCAAACGGAGACGAACGAGUGACUGACUUGAUAUACGACGACGUGCUCUCGACGUUCGCCUGCUUAGAGUCUACGCGACCCGACGAGACGACAUACACUCACUUGCCACUAUCUACAUGACGACGCGGAUACAUUGCUGCUCUACCCUCACUGCUACGCCUGCGAGGGCCCGAGACGGCUGGAUUGCCAGUAGGGAUAUCUACUUUCGUUGAGAGCUACGAUAAGCUCACUUGAGGAAUUAUAAUCUAAAGGUCGCAGGCCCCAACCUGCAAACCACCCACUCACCAUGAACCGCUUCCGCACCAAGAAGAAGGUCAAGGCCGCCGACGAGGCGCCCGCCCCACCCUCCUACGAAUCCGCCGCGCCCACCAUGGCGCCCCUGAAACCCACCAUGACCUUCCGCCGGAAGAAGGACAAGACGGAGCCCCCCCCGCGCAUGGAGCUCGAUCUCGUCAACGCCCUCCCCGCCUCCGACGACUUCCGGACGAGUCUGCUCAUGCCGGGCCUCUCGGCCCGCUUCUCCAUGCUGCGCGAGCAGGACGACCCGACGUCGAAGAUUGGGAAGGCGAGCGAUGAUAGUGUGCUCUUCCCGAAGAGGCAGUCGCGGCUUAACGGUUUUGGCUUUACGCCCCAGGGACUCAGCGAUAUUGCGGAGGUGGGAUCGAUUAGGGAGUCGACGCGACGACCGUUUGCGUUGGAUAGGAUGGAUUCCUUCCAGUCGUCUGCGGGCAGCUCUGAGACCGACGCACAUGAGAGUAUUAUGUCACGCGGCAAGCCGGCGGAAGGGAAUAACCUAUUCGGCGGACGGCAGAAGAUCUACAAGAUCCCCAUGGGCCGAUCGACAUCAAUGAGGUCCCUCAAUGGCACCGGCGAGUCCAGCGGGCUCGGAGGGCGUGCGCUCUACGGCGAUGAUGUGAGCCAAUCCGCGUUCCAGAAGCUGAAGGAGCGCGAGCGCGAGCGCGAGGAGAGGGAGAGGGAGAGGGAGAGGCGCAGUAAUGAGGAGGCGUAUCGCUCAGAGUCGCCCCCGUUGGGGUAUAAUCGCAAUCGCGAGACGUCGUCGACGACAUCGUCGGGGCCGAAUGGGACGCGUAUUUCGACGGCGGCGACGUCGGUUACGUCGCAGCGCACGCCUUCUGUGACGGGGCCUGCGGUGCCGGGACCUGAGCGCUCAUUUACUAAGACGAAGAGACUGUAUGAGACGGGUCUGGAUCAGCAUUUGCAUACGCAGCAAUUCUCGGCUGCGAACAGGCUGGAUAAUCUGUCCCGCCAGGGCAGAAAUCUAUGCGCGCGCAGCCCCUCACCUGCUGGGUCGCCUGUCCCGUCGCCGAUCGAGGGGCCGAGUUCCAACACAGCGAGACAACCCGGGGUUCCGCUGAGCAGCCCUACACCACCAAAUAAUGGCGGAUUCGACUUCGGCACCAAGCCGACUACCAAGGAUGCGCUGAAGCCAUUUGUCACCACGCCGCCCCUGAGUUCGCCUGUCAGUGAAUCCGAUGACAAGUCAGCCCUGUCGAUCCAACCCAACGACAGGGGGAAGGCUACAGCGCUGGGUGCGUUUACUAAGCCUGCACAGCCAUAUGAUGAGAGGAAAUACACCCAAAGGCAGCUGCAGAUGCAGCAGGGCCGCGAGACACCACCGCUGCGCAAACACGCACCCCCUCAAUCCUUCCCCCCCAACGCCACGGGCCAGGAUACCGCGCCACGCAACCGCGCGGGGUUGAAUGCUACAUGCCAAUCCGACCGAUCCCCGUCAUCAUCCACGCAGCGGGAAUUCCUACCCCGCGAACGCAUGUUCCCGCCCAAGAGAGAGCCGCCGCCAGAGCCACAGCCGCAGUCGGCGUCGAUGGGAUCUUUCCUCAUGAGUCCUGACGAUAGUAGUGCGACUAGUUCGCCCAGGGGGAGCGGCGAGGCGACGGGUACUGUGAACGCGUGGGAGCAGGCUUCGGCGUAUGAUGAGUUUGAAGCGCGCGGGCCUGCUCCUGCGCCUGCGCCGCUGGCGACAAUGGGGAGGAGAGUGGAGACGGAGCAUCCUGCGUUUAGGUUGAAGUUGAGGGAUUUGGAUGAGCAGAGGGGGAUGCAGAAGGUUAAGGCGCCGCCGCUACCGCAGUCUGCGCCGCAGCAGGCAAAGGUCCCGUCGAAGACUCCAGAGGACGUCAAAGUCGAGAAGACAAAGGUUGCAUCGCCGCUAGACUCACCGACGCUGCCUGGUAGCGGACUGAGCGGGAUCAUCCGCCAGCAUCUCCGCAGCGAGAGUAACACCUCUUCCCUCAGCGGCCCGCCCUCCCCUGUUCUGGGACCACAGUACCAGGCGGCGGAUUACACCAUGAACGGCAACCCCUGGGACGACCACCCCGCCACUGCCGACAAUAAUAACGUUUGGGCACCCCACCCCGACAUCUAUUCCUUCCAACUCACCGCUACGUCCAGCCCAGCACCCACCCCUUCCCACUCAACCCCCCGCGCCGCUUCGCCAGCUCCCUCAGACACGCCUUCAUGGGAGAAAGCGAUAAACCACCACCACAGCCGCGACGCGAGCACGGAAUCCCAACGCGAGCGCGAUGAUUUCGCCUCCGAGCUCGCUGCGCGCAGAAAGCGGGUGCAGGAUAAUCUGAGGAGUUUCGCGGAAUCGGAUCGUCGCUCCCAGUCCCCCGUUCGUGGGGGGAUGGAGACGCCCCCGCAGUCCUCGCAGCGCACGGUAUCAGGCGCUGGCCCGACGCCAAGGUCGAACCAUCUUAACUUUAUGAAGGGGAUGACGAGCCGCGAGUCAUUGGUGCCAAGGAGUAGGGAUUCGUCGGCGGGUCCGCAGAGUAAAGCCCGGAAGAUGCUUGGCAUGGGAGGGGUUGGAGAGAGGACGACGCCGCCGGGGAUGAUGUACGAUGACCACCCUCAUCCUAACGCUCCGCAUAACCAGCAGCUGCCGCCGCGCUCUCAUUAUGAUUCUGAUUCUGGCACCGGAGGGGGCUAUGCGAGUAGUAACUACGAUAACCCCGCGCCGCCUAGGAGCGCGCCGUGUGGACCACCUGGUGCUGGACCGGCUGGUGGUGCUGCGGCGCCGCUGCCGCAGCAGGGGUUGAAGAGUUUCAGGGAUAAGAGGCGGGAUGCGCAGAGGGAGAGGGAGAGGCAGGUUAUGAACCGCCAUCGCGCGGGGACGGGGGGGAGUGAUUCGGAUGAUUAUUUCGGUGCUGCGGGGAGACAACAGCAGCAAGGGAUGCAGCAGGGGAGACAGCCCCAGCAGAGGGGCGCGCAUGCGGGUGCACAUGCACAAGGGGAGAGACAGCAUCACCCAGCGAUGCGCACUCGUUCCCCAAGCCGCGACGCACCACCGGUCAGUUAUCGUGCCCCUCGCGCGGGGAGCGUGGAGAGUGGCCAUAACAGCGGAGGGUCGCGACCAGGGACGAGAGAGAGGAGCGGGAGUAACGCCAGCACCCCCGGCUACGGCGCGCGCGGCGGCGGCGGCGGUGGUGCUGGUGGGCCUGGACGCUUCGGAGGUGAAGGGAUGGCUGGUGCGCCGCAGCAGAGGAGUGUGCUGGAGGGCAUGGCGACGAUUAAUUCACCUACCUUCCCACCUGUUAACUCACCGCCUGCUGUUCCUUUCGCUGGGAAUGGGGUGGGGAAUGGUGCGCCGAGCCCGAGAUCGAGGAGUGAGAGCAGGUCGCAGGCGCAGCAGCCGUUUCCGGGGAUGCAGUUGAAUCUUGAGUCGCUGGGGACGGCGUACAGCGCCGCGUCCAACUCUAUCCCGCGACCGAGCCCGGUGGUGCCGUUUGCGGUUAAUUCUACGCCUGCUCUCGUUCCUACACUCAACGGCAUGCCAGGCGUCUCCGGUCCCACGACUCCGCUAACACCUUCGUCGUCAAGUGGGUCGGGAGGUUCAGCAGCCGCAGCAUCUGCCUCGGUAGGCGCGGGUGGGAAGGGAAGGAAACGCUCGGUGAAUAAGAGGGAUAUCUCCGACCCCGUUUUCGUCUCUACCACCAACAAAGUCUCAACCGUUGAACUGCCCACCAGCCCCGUUAAGGCACAGCCUGUCGCUACGACAUUUGCGGGGAUGGGGGUUGGGGGUGGGGAUGCCCCGGGGGGGGGGAGCCGGAGGUCCCUGCUAUGGACCCUCGGCGCAGGACGAGGACGGGGAUGUUUUGGAAGCGCCGCGAUGUCUCCGCUGAUGGAGAGGGGGGUGCUGGUGCGGGAGGGGGGGUGCCGACGAGUUCGGUGUUUGAAGCCGAUGAUGCAACGGCAUCUGUGGGUCCGAGAGCGAGACAGCGGUUGAGGAAGACGAGUGUCGAGGGUGGGAACCUGGCUGCGAGAGCGAGAGCCGCGGCUGGGGGGCAGGGAGGGUUGACGGUGGAGAGGGUGCCGAUGGCUGUUAGUGCUGG